AUCUGACGGAAUGCUGGGUAAGCAGCAGUCUAUCCAUGGUGACGCUGACGCAUACGCGGUGCCCGCCACACGGUUCGCGCCAGUGGUCCCCGAGCUAUAACUCCGGUCCCCGCAGAAUCGAUCGCGCGCAGUCGAAAUCGCGAAUCACCGCGAAAAAAUGCAAAACGAUGAGUGUCGUUUGGUUAAAUAACAAAAUUUUUUGAAAAAAAAUUGAAAUAAGAUUCCCAGAGAGACAGUAUGAUCCGAGUCGGUCCCGAAGAAUCAAGCGGUCGAAAUCGCCAAGUUACAAGGAAAUCGUAAUCGUUCGGCAGAUGUCACGCAAUUUACAAUAAAGAUGAUAAGACUUUAAAUAAAAGUUUGAAAUAAUAUUUAAUUAAAAUAAGUGAAUUUUUGUGAACUAAUAACGAAUGUGAACAAAUUAUUUCGUGAUCAGCGAAAAUCGACGGCUUUUUCAAAGGUAUCAAGUCAUCUUUUUAAGGGGAAGAUACGACAAGUGAAUUCUAUAGAAUUUAGUCAUAUUUGGUGAAAUUAAAUUAUUAUAAUAAAAUUGGAAAGAAAGAUAUAGUUAAAAAGAAGAAGAAAAUAAAAUCAUUUAAUGACAAAUCAAAGAGACAUUAAAUAAAUGUUCUAGUCAUUAGAGUAUCAACAAAGACUUUAUACGUAUCAUGUGAUGCACGUUUGAUAAUUAGACGGUCGAUAAGAAUUAUCCAGAAUUAUUCUUUUUCCAAAGAAGCAACGCUUAAAUACUCAGUCUGAUAUUGUAAAGCGACUUUGAUCAUUUCUGGUGAGGAACACAUACGCAAGGACGCGUUUAAGCGGAAGGACAUUGAGAAUUUUUACAUUUCUCGGUCGUAUUCUUUACUCAACAAAGGUCUUUCCGCCUCUCCGUUAUCUAUCACGUUGACGGAUUUAUGACUGGUUUAAAGUAACAAGAAUUGACGAGCGGUCUUCGAGGUCGAUCGAGGCCAAAUGGAAUCGUUGAAUCAGAAUCUCGACACCUUUGGCAUGGCUGGUACAAUGGAUAGUACGGCUACGUGGUUGCCCCAUGUCAUGGACAACGUCACGCAAAACACUAUCGUCGAUGCGGAAUUGUCAAGAUUCUCGAAACCCUUGAGAACUUUUGCGGCAGUAGUGGCGAUCAUUAUCAUGAUAAUUGGUCUAGCUGGUAAUCUACUAACGAUCGUUGCUCUGUGUAAAUAUCCCAAAGUUCGCAACGUCGCAGCGGCUUUUAUUAUAAGUUUGUGCAUUGCGGACUUCGUGUUCUGUCUGCUGGUGCUGCCGUUCGAUUCUAUCAGAUUCAUCAAUGCUGGCUGGGCGGAUAUACGAUUCUUCUGCAUCUUCGUGCCGUUCUUCAGGUACGGAAAUGUCGGUGUCAGUCUUCUGUCUGUAGCAGCUAUUACUAUUAACAGGUAUAUUAUGAUAGCGCAUCACGCCGUAUAUAGCAAAGUUUACAAGAAAUACUGGAUCGCCGCGAUGAUAGUUUUCUGCUGGCUGUUUUCUUACGGGAUGCAGAUACCUACGCUGUUGGGAGUGUGGGGUAAAUUCGAUUAUGAUCGCAAUCUGGAGACUUGCUCCAUCGUCAAGGACCGUCACGGUAAUACUUCCAAGACAUUUCUUUUUGUCAUGGGGUUUCUAAUACCAUGUGUGGUGAUUGUUGGCUGUUACACCAAAAUAUUCUGGGUGGUGCACAAAUCAGAAUCAAGAAUGCGAAAGCACGCCGCACCAACGAUAAAAUCGCCUCAUACACCUGGGAGGGACAUUAAGGAAAUCAAGCAGAAGCGCAGCGAGUGGAGAAUCACGAAGAUGGUGCUGGCGAUUUUCAUCAGCUUCCUUGCGUGCUACCUGCCGAUCACCAUCGUCAAGGUGGCCGAUGCGGAGGUCAGAUGUCCCGAGUGCCACGUUUUGGGAUAUCUGCUGCUGUAUUUCGCGUCAUGUGUGAAUCCGAUCAUUUACGUUAUCAUGAACAAGCAGUACAGACAGGCGUAUGCCGGCGCGAUCGGUUGCUCGUGGAUAAGGGUGAGCUUAACUCCGUAUGGCAGCAGCGCACCGGGUGGUGGUCUUCAGGCUCAUCAGCAGGACUACGUCCAAGGUAACUUCGAGCAACGUCACGCGGUAACACUCACCAAGCUCUGAUCGAGCGCGCGACCACUCGCUCACUUCAUUAUUCAAAGGACUUCAGUAAAACAAUGGUGUCGACGGUCUCUAUCGCUAUGAAUCCUGUGAGAAGUUCGCAAUUCGAGGAGGAAUUGUGAUAUAUCGAGACGAAAAUUAAAAAAGAUCGAGAAGAGAUCAAAGGUUUUUUCGUUGAAAAAA